UUAUAAUAGUAGCGGCGAUCGCGUGAGCAGUAGUCUACAAAUCUGACGAGUGUGAGCUCCUCCUUUUGAGUGGAAAUUUCCUAAUCCCGCGAAGUUACACGGCGCUGGUCUUCUCUCGCUCCGUCGUUGGCGUCUUCUUGUGUCGAUGGUGACAGGAUGAGAGUGCGGGGCCUCUUUUCUCUGAGUGUGAGCCGGAGUGUCAAAAAUGGCAAAAGCGGACUUGUCGAAAAAAGCACGCAGAGACGCUCUUAAAAGCGUCGUGGGCUCUCUUUUGCGAUCGCGCUUAGUUAUGUGCGUCGUAGUAUCUUGAAGGGCAUAGUGCACUCUUUCUACUUUUUAAAGUGGAGGCUCUUAACGUUACAAGUGAGGUCGGCUGACGAAGAAAGAAGUCUCGUCGAGCAGCUAGGGCUGCAGAGAAGGCGAAAGUAAGGGACGCAGUCGAGUACAUUGGUCGCAUCCUCGACGGCUCUGCUCUAGUGUGUGAGCUUGCGGCGCCUCCUGUCAUUGACCCGGAGAGUCUAGCUCUCAUCUAUCAAGGGCGGCUCCCCGGCAGUGGAGUCCAUCGCGGAGGGUCUUCGUCUCCUUGUCUCCUUGGAAUCUGAGUCGUUCUGUCCUGCGGCUUCGCCUCAGGAUUGGAGGUCUGUGGAUAGGUCUAGUCAGCGAGUGCUGGAGUGCAAGGGCACUGCGCUGCUGAAAAAGUUGAACCAGUUGCGCCAUCCGUCUGAUGCCACUGCGUGGGAGCUUGUUUUAUUCGGCGGCUCAACUUUCGGGCCAGUUUUUUGCCCAUCUUGCUUCUUGGCCGUUGCGAAGGUCAAAGUCUGCGGGUGACGAUAUUGAUAGAUACGAUCGCCAGAGGACGCUGCUCUACUUCAUCUUUCUCGCGCAGAGCUGCUCCAGGGUAUUUAGACAGUGGCGCGCUGGCACUAAUUUGGGGCACUUCUUUGCAGGAGGUCAAGUCUGGCCUUUUGGAGGGUCCGCACGAAAUUAGAGACCUGCCUCCCUCUGUAAAACAUCUCGCGCCACGAUUUGCAGUGCAUCAACGUCCCAGGUGCCGCAUGAUCGACGACGCUGAGGCUUGGUCUUAAUCCAGACGAUCGCGCGCAGGGUUUAGGGCUGUGCAUCGAUGGCAUAGCAGUCGAUACUUAGAAGGCUUACGAGACUACUGGCAUUGAGGAGGGUCGUGAGUUUUGCAACUUUGUCGCGGUUCUUUCGCCGUCUUUGAAUAGGUGGGUGGCGUUUGAGGCUACUAGCUUUGUUCUUGGUAACGCGCAUUAUGUCAUAGUGUGGGUUCGAGUCGCGCAGCUUUUUAUCUAGCGCCAUUUGCGGGCCUUUCAAGAUCUUGCGCUCGGUUUUCGUUGGUGGCUAUCGUUCUUUUGUUAGGGCGGGCUGGGGCCAGAUGUCCGCGAGUGCUGUGCAAUCUGUCGGCUUCUCGACGAAUUGGGUUGGAGCUACAAGCAGGAGAAGGUCGACGCGUCU